UCCUACAAACUUCACAAAACCCCUUCAAAGCAAAAGCUAACCCCCGGGAUUGGAGAGAGCUAGCGGCUUAAUGACCUUUGUCUUGUGGCCCUUGGUGCGUUGAUUUGUAGUGUGUAUCGUUGUCGUCUCGAUGUGACUAGAGAGUCGAUAUCAAAGAAACAUGCCACUGUACAAGUUGGGAAACAAAACAAUUUUCCAAUCUGUUUACUUCGUGUUUACAGUUCUUGAAAUCUUGCUGCUUUCGGGUAUUACAUAUGGUUGGGCUUCAGUGGUUGUCGUAUUUCAGUAUGAAGGCUUUUUCAAUUAUCUGUGUCCUAAAGAGAACGGAACUGUCAAUGGAAUGAAAAGUCUCCAACAAACCAAUGCUACGAGUUUAGGAUUUCUUGGAAGGCAGCGUGGUUAUGAAGAGAUUGUUUGUUCACAGCAGAGCAAAAGGUUCAACUUAGUGUUUAACAUUUCAGUAGCAUGCCUUUGUUGUUUCAAGUUUCCUAUUGGAUUGUUUAUUGACAAAUACGGACCUAGAGCGGGACAGAUUCUUGGAUGCUCCAUCUACGUAAUUGGUGGUCUUGGACUUGCUUUCAUAACCAAAGAAACGGCAUUUAUUCUUUUUCCAACCUUCAUCCUGUUUUGCAUUGGAGGCGGACUGAUCGCAGUGGCAAAAUACCAGGUUUGCAGAUAUAUUUACACUGAUGUUCGUUCUUUGGUACUGUCAAUAUUACAUGGAACAUUUGACUCUUCUGCAGUUAUUUUGGUAUUUUUUAAGCUGGCAUGGGAAAGUGGAAUUAGUCUGAGGGACAUCAGCCUUUUUUACAUUGUUCUUUCAUUUAUCCUCGUGUCGCUGUCGACUUUUGCUCUUACCCCUCCAUAUGAUCAGUUAAAAAAUGAAAAUGGAAGCUCCGAGUGCACGAUUAUAAGUGAGAGAGAUAUCGAUGAAAAUUCAAAUUCGAAGAAGCUUUCAGCGCCCGAUUCCCUCAUAAAAUCAAUAACUUCUCCGCUAUUUUUGCUGGAGCUGGUAUUCAUGUGUUUUUGCCAGCUUCGACUGUGGUUUUUCAUUGGGAGCCUUGAGGAGCUCAUAUCAGUGCACUUUCCAGACAACGAGGAGUCCGUUAAUCACUAUAGCACCUAUUUCGGGUACGCUCAGCUUUGCGGCAUUCUUGUUGGCCCGUUGAUUGGGUAUUUGUUCGAUAAAGAUACUAUAAAAUGUAAAAGAGAUAAUUUUGAUGACAAGAGUCCAUUGCUGGAUGUUCCUGAAAAGCGACGCGUUGAAAGAAUGCAAGCUGGUGUGUUGCCGUUCUUUCUGACCAAUUUAUUGUGUGCAGCAUUCGCUUUACUGUCGCUGGCUCCGUGGUCCUGGGGCCUGAUUCCAUCAUUCAUAUUGCAAGUUAUGACAAGGGGAUUCCUUUACUCUGCGCAUGCUUCGUACAUUGCAAUGACUUUUCGCCCGGAAUACUUCGCCACACUCUACGGUCUUGGAAUAUUUGUUGCGGGAUUCUUUGGGCUCCUGGAAUACCCACUCUACACUAUUACCUACCGAUUUUGUGGUUCUGAUCCUUUUUGGGUGAAUUUGGUCUUGCUGUUCUUGGUUUUAUUCACAAAUAUUUUUCCAUUCUAUCUAUUAUACCACUGCAGAAUCAUGAAGAACUCUAUUUAUACAUCGUUAGUUAAAUUUGACAAAGCUAGUAAUGGAAUUUUUGUAAAGGUUUGAAGUUCGUGUUGUACAAAUCAUUGAAUAAAAACACCACGCUUUAUAGUGGGAAUAAAAUCGAAAAAGCAACGCAACUUGUUUCUUAAAUUAAUUGAUUGUACAAGUCGUAAAUAUAAUAAUUGAUCUUUUAGUAAAAUAACCCACGCUGUGUAUCAUUCUUCAAUUUAGAAGCCAUAUAGCUCUGCACUGCAGUUAUCAUUGAUUUGGAUAAUAGUUGCAAUCUAUCCCUUACUUGAUCCUAAUCGUUAUUUUUUCAUUAAAAAUUGGCAUAAAAUGCAAACGAAAUUAUCUGUCUUA